AGCGUCAGCAGUAUGCAGUCAUAAGAGGGCCGCGAGCGCAUGGCUCGCCCUCUUUUUCGCUGUGCAGUUCUUGUGGAGCACCGGUGGUGCCGUGUGAUUAGUGAUAAGUGAAUAAAUUGUUGAAAGUAGUUAGUUUUUAAAAGUGUUUGCAUAUCACGAUUCCCAUAAGUGGUGUCAGAAGUGGGAUCGUGAGGUGUUAAAAUAGUGGAAGAUCCCGCCGCACGAGUAACCAGCCGUCGAAGGAUCACCCGGAUGCUGCAAACACAACCAAUACUGUGGCUCCUUACGCUGGUAGGGAUGGCCACUUCAGACUUGAGAAUUCAUACCCUGGAUCAGAGUCCGAUCAUUAUAGUUCCGUUAGGACCCGCUAAAAUAAGCACUAGUUCUCUGCGAAUUGUGCACCCCAUAAACUUGACCUCAAUUGGAACAAUUGUAGAAAGCUUUAACGCCGUUUCUAUGGAGAGAUUGUCGAAUCAAACGCCUUUUAAGUCAAUAGUUAAAGCAAAAUUAGACAAAAUAAACUUGAGUUACAACCGAAUAAAACCACUACGUAGGAGAAAACGAUGGGAAUCUCUCGGAAAGGCCUGGAAAUACGUAUCGGGAAGCCCUGAUGCAGACGACCUUAAGAUUAUAAAUUCGUCAUUAAAUUCAUUAAUUAGCGAGAAUAACAAGCAAAUAAGAAUCAAUAGUGCUUUCGAUUCACGAAUGAGCAACAUUACAAAAGCAAUUAACGUCAUACUGGAAAAUGAGGAAAAUGUAAUACAUUCCUUAGAGGGCUUUGAUGUAUUAGAAUUAAUAUUCAAAAUUGAUGAGCUAUUAUACUACUUAGACAUAAUCGAAGAGGCGAUCACACUAGCGAGACGGAGUAUCCCAAGCAGCCGCAUCAUUCACCUCGACGAAUUGGAAACCAUUCAUCAUUCCCUCAUUAAUGACGGUUUCGGGCUUAACUCGGUCGAUAGCAUACUUAGUACUGCCAAUGCCUACGCAGUAUUAAACAACGAAAUUUUCAUGUACAUACUGAAGAUACCCAGGAUCAAAAAUGUACAGUACACCCUCAACUUCAUUGAACCAGUCAUUGUAGAUCACCACAGAGUCCACCUACAAACACAGUUUUAUUUGAAAGGACAGAAAUCAUUCAUGUUAAAAAGCGCUUGUUCCAAAGCCAACGCCAUGUUUAUAUGUUCCUCAACGGAUCUAGAACCUUUGACGGGUUGUAUGCAACAAUUGGUCUCCGGAAAUACAGCAGAGUGUCCCAUAGAACGCACCUACGGAAACAAAACUAUUCGGAAAAUCAAUGAUGGCAAUAUAGUCGUCAAUGCAAUCAAUGUAACACUUUCGUCAAACUGUUCAGUCACCCAACGCACUCUACAGGGGUCGUUCCUAAUCCAAUACUCAAACUGUACACUGAAAUUGGAUGACGAGGAAUAUGUCAACACAAACAUGGAGAUACAGCCGUUCAUACCUACCACGGGAUUGAAGCCGAAAACCUCCAUUGGAAACUUCAUUUCCUGGGAUGGAUAGCAUCCGUAAUCUCAUCAACUUUACUAAUCUGCAUACUGGGUUCAUCCAUAAUCAUCGUUUUGAAAUUCGCCGCCUGGAAGACACUCCUUACCAACAGCAAACCAGAAGUCAUCGAACAGGAUACCAUCGCAUCAACCGAGGCCCAUCCCGAGUCCAGAGAGGUACCGCUGAUACUUCAGCAGUAGACGAAAGCCGAGGACGUCUUUCAGCUAAGGGGGAAGCCGUUACGGAACCGUUUGGUACAUCACGCCACUCGGGUCCGCCAACCUACGGUCGACAACGUGGAGCGUGCAGCGUCAGCAGUAUGCAGUCAUAAGAGGGCCGCGAGCGCAUGGCUCGCCCUCUUUUUCGCUGUGCAGUUCUUGUGGAGCACCGGUGGUGCCGUGUGAUUAGUGAUAAGUGAAUAAAUUGUUGAAAGUAGUUAGUUUUUAA